CGCGCGGCGCGGGCGCUUCCGGGUUCGUGUCUGAGGGCGAUGGCGGCCGGGACGGGCGCGGCGCCGGCCGGGGAGGCGGACGAGCUCUUCGACCUCCGCAACAACUUCUACAUCGGAGCCUUCCAGGCCGCCAUCAACGAGGCCCAGCGCGUCAAGCCCAGCAGCCCCCAGCAGGAGACCGAGCGGGACGUGUUCCUGUUCCGAGCCUACAUCGCCCAGAGGAAGCUGGCCGUGGUUCUGGACGAGCUGCAGGGCAGCCCCAGCCCCGCGCUGCAGUCCGUGCGCCUGCUCGCUCACUUCCUGGCCAGCGACAGCCAGAGCCACAGGGACUCCAUCGUGGCAGAGCUGGACAAGAAGAUGGCCAAGAGCGUGGACGUGGCCAACAGCACCUUCCUGCUGAUGGCAGCGUCCAUCUACUGCCACCAGCAGGACCCCGACGCUGCCCUGAGGGCCCUGCACCAGGGGGACAGCCUGGAAUGCUUGGCCAUGAUGAUCCAGAUCCUGCUGAAGCUCGACAGGCUCGACCUGGCCAGGAAGGAGCUGAAGAAGAUGCAGGAGCAGGAUGAGGAUGCCACCCUGACCCAGCUGGCCACAGCCUGGGUCAACCUGGCCUUGGGCGGGGAGAAGCUGCAGGACGCGUUCUACACGUUCCAGGAGCUGGCGGACAGGUACAGCCCCUCGCUGCUGCUGCUCAACGGGCAGGCGGCCGCCGCCAUGGCCCAGGGCCGCUGGGACGAGGCCGAGGGGCUGCUGCAGGAGGCUCUGGACAAGGACAGUGGGCACCCUGAGACCCUGCUGAACCUGGUGGUGCUGUCCCAGCACCUGGGCAAGGCCCCCGAGGUCACCAAUCGUUACCUGUCCCAGCUGAAGGAUGCUCACAAAAACCAUCCCUUCAUCCAGGAGUACCAGGCCAAGGAGAACGACUUUGACCGCCUGGCCCUGCAGUAUGCACCCAGUGCCUGAGCCUGGGACCCCAAAAAUCCCCUUUGGGACCCAAAAAAUCCAUCUGGGACCCAAAAAAUCUCCUCUGGAACCUAAAAAAUCCCUUCUGGAACCCAGAAAUUCCCCCUGGAACCCAAAAAAUCCAUCUGGAACCCAGAAGAUCCCCUCUGGGACCCAAAAAAUCAGCUUUGGAACACAAAAAAUCCAUCUAGAACCCAAAAAAAUCCCCCCUGGGACCCAAAAAAUCCAUUUGGGAUCCAAAAAAUCCUCUCUGGAACCCCAAAAAACCCUUCUGGAACCCCCAAAAAUCCCUUCUGGA